GGCUGAGGAGGCCCGGUAGCUGGUAUCAUUCAGCAGUCAACCACGGUACAAUUUUUCGUGGAGACCAACUGACGUUGUCCGAAUGAGUGGCAAUAUAUAGUUGUUUUUUUUCUCUCUCUCUCUCCUUCACUGAUAACAGUACACUGUCUGCAUAGUUCGCGGGGAAACUUCAGCUGUUGUGGUAGACAUUCAGUUCACCGCCUGGACCGCUGUGUUGCACACGACUUAACUCUGCAGCAGAAUGUCUUGUUCGUAGUUCAAUUGAAUGAAGGCUGGGGUUGUACGGAAUUUGUAAAAAUUGCAAUGUGUAGCUACCUCCAUCUGAUGACAAGGGUUUAACGCGGGCCGUUCAGUAAGUUUGAAUGUUAGUGUUUCAAAACCUGGAGCGACUAUAGCGUUGCCGGUGUUGGUGUUAACCUUGUGCUACAGGAUAUUUGUAGAUAAGAAGAAACGCGGUCGUUAAGCCUUCCCAGAUAACCGAUGUGUCAGACGCGUUGACUAGGCUAAACGAAAUAUCCUCAUCAAUCAGUCUACUUCUAACUAAGCAGAGCUAGCAGAUACAAGGCGUGGGGCGUUUUUCACGUAGUUUUAGCCCGAUUUGAGAGACGCAGUACCUGAACACUGGUAGCCAAGCCUUCGUUUAGUCUGCAGCUGAAUGGUCGCCAGUUGCUCGGUACGUUAUUGAAUAGAAACAAAUCAAAUGACUAACGAUUGACUUCCAGAUUGGAUUACCGUGGAUAGGGCGCUGACAUAAAUACAUAACAGUUGUGUGGAGCUCUGAUCAAACUCGACAGCUGUCCAGCCGUAAACAUCAACAUGAACAGCUGUGUCCAAAAGUUGUCGGUCAGUGCCAGAACUUUGGUGACAUCGCCAGUUAUGAAGGUCCUAGUCACAUUGUGUGUUAUACUUACGAAAUGUGCAGUAACAAGAGGAGAACAGGUGAGCACAAACAUGAAUGUCUUACUUGUGGCUAAAUUCUUACCUGUGCUAAAUUCAAAUUCUUACCUGUGUUUAAAUUCUUAGUUGCGGCUAAAGUCUUACCUGUGGCUAAAUUCUUAGUUGUCCAAUUUAUACCUAGACUAUUAGCUUAACAUCUUUAAAACCUAGCUAUUGCACCUAUUGCCCAUUGUCAUUGUUGCAAAUUUUUUCAUCUCCUUGCUCUCGUCAGAAGAGUUGUGGAUAUGUAUUGGGCUUUACUUGUGGCGGUGGUAGGACUAUGCUUCGGGUUUUGAAAGGAAAUGUAAAUGUCUUAGGGAUUUGGAAGCUGACUAUAUAAGGAAGUUGGACAAUAACUAUGUUUGGGAGUUUGAAAUUGACUAUAGAACUAUUUUGGAGUUGGAAAAGAACUAUGUUUUGGAGUUGGAAAGGGACUAUGUUUGUGUGUUAGAAAGGGACUAUGUUUGGGUGUUGGAAAAGAAAUGUGUUGGAGACUUUGAAAGGGACUAUGUUUAGGUUUUGACAAGGGACUAUAUUAAGGAGUUGGAAAAAAACUGUGUUUGAGUUUGAAAUGGACUAUGGUGUUGGAAAGGAAUUAUAUUUUGGUAUAAGAAAGGGACUAUGUUUGGGUAUAAGAAAUGGACUAUGUUUGAGUGUAAGAAAGGGACUAUGUUUGGGUGUAAGAAAGUGACUAUGUUUGGGUGUUGGAAAGGGACUAUGUUUGGGUGUUGGAAAGGCGGUAUGAACUUAUAGCUUGUGGCAGUAUGAUUUGGGUGUAAGAAAGGGACUAUGUUUGGGUGUUGGAAAGGGACUAUGUUUGGGUGUUGGAAAGGCGGUAUGAACUUAUAGCUUGUGGCAGUAUGAUUUGAGUGUAAGAAAGGGACUAUGUUUGGGUGUAAGAAAGGGACUAUGUUUGGGUGUUGGAAAGGCAGCAUGAACUUGAUGUGUUCUUGUUUACAUUGCAAAUCCAGUGGGCAACCAAGUCAAAACAACAAAGACUAACCAGGCUAUGCUGAAAGUCAACAAAAACCCUUUCAACGGUGGCCAGAGUUAAUGCCAAAUUGUCGUUUGACUAGGAAAAAACUGGUUGGCUUGUAAAACAAGAACAACAUAGCGGGGCCAUCGGCAGGAUUUGUUUUUCCCAUCCCCCGAGCCUGAAGAAAUCGGCCAGUGAGAAACCAUAAAAAAAUAGUGUUGUAAUGAUCUGACCAAUAAGUUCUGAGAAAUGGCUGGGAAAAAUCAGUGGGGGGAAAUAGUCUCAUUUAUAUACCCUAAUGAUACACGCUCUCACACCUUCUCUUGCAUCACCAUCAAAUACACAGACUCAUAAAUAUCCUCUUACCUUUCUUUUGAUGUUUUAAUCCAAAAACUUGUUGGUGUUGUUUCCAUUAUGAAAUGUUGGACAGAGUUUUCUUUGUUUAUCGAAAAUAGGUAUCUUAGCUUGGCGUCAUACUUUUGGGGGUAAAGAAAGAGAGCAUUUAUGUUGAUUGGGUCGACUGGCCGAGCACAAUUGUUACUGUGACAGUGUUAACCUCCGAGGGUUGGGGGGGGGGGGUGAACUGUCUAGUUACAAUGACCUAGUACCCAAUCCAUACAUUGCUUGUUGUUAAUGGGACGGGAUCAAACCAUGACCAAAUAAAGGGAAUUAUGACUAAACAAUUAUCUGACCUGAUUUCAACUUAUCCCCACCCUACUGAGACUGAAGACCAUUAUUAGCAGUCACGCUUGUAUAGGCUUACUUGUACAGUUGUACUUGCACUGCCCAACCUUGUACUUUUGCAGAUGUUCUUGUACAUUAUACGUUAAAGACAGCGAGAGACUGUUUGGUUUGGGGGGGGGGGCGGCGCUAUUUAAGGAUGUGUUCAAAACAAUGUUGUGAAGGCCGUUAGUCGUUGGCCCAGUCUUUACAAUAGUUUGUAAUAACUGUAAAGCUGCUGUACUAUCAGUUUGGCUGAAUGUCUGAAUGACUCUAUCAUCAAAACCAACCUUGUACUUUUGCAGAUGUUCUUGUACAUUAUACGUUAAAGACAGCGAGAGACUGUUUGGUUUGGGGGGGGGGGGCGGCGCUAUUUAAGGAUGUGUUCAAAACAAUGUUGUGAAGGCCGUUAGUCGUUGGCCCAGUCUUUACAAUAGUUUGUAAUAACUGUGAAGCUGCUGUACUAUCAGUUUGGCUGAAUGUCUGAAUGACUCUAUCAUCAAAGCUUGAUAACUGCGUGCACAGAGGACAAUCUGCAUGAGUUGUGUGUAUUCGGUCGGUAUGCUUGAGUGAUCAAGUAAGUGAACAGAGGGGAAAGAUGGGGAAGGGUUUUCCCGGACUUCCCGCGUUGUUUUCUCCGCAAUACUUUUGAAUCAGCACGGCCUCAAGACUGCACACCAACGCCGUAAUUACAUACGCCACAGGUUGUAUGUGCCGGUGUGCUAGGCCAUCUACUUACUACACGCGUCUUACACAUAUAAAUAUAAACAUGGACUUAAAAUACUCGCGUUCGUACACACCAUUUUUUUAAAUGUUUAUUUUCCAUCACACGAGUCCAUGUUUCUGUGUAUGUUGGUAGAUUUCAUAAUCUAAAAAAUUAAACAUCCUAAUUUAUCAAGCAUCACGAUUUAAAACAAAAUAUAUUUUUUUUUUAAAAAUAAUAAACGAAACAUGUUUACCAUUAAACAUUCAAAAUAUCUUCUGUAGUCAGAUGCAUCAAUGGUAGCCUCUAGAUUUGUUUCCUCCCGUCAAGCAAUGCCUAAAAGUAAUUCAUAACUUCUAAAAUUAAUUUAAUUAUAUUUGGUUUUGGUUUUAUUUUUUGUUGCUUUUUUUUUUGUUUUUUUUUCCUUGGGUCUAAUGUGCCAUGAAUUAUUACUGCAUUAUUAAAAAUAUUUUUACCAAGUGAACGUUGGAAUGACAAAGACUCACUCACUAACGUUAUUGGGAGGGGGGGGGAGAGAGAAAGCAACAUAUAACAAAGACGCGAGGCCGGGCGAAGCAUAACAAUAACUGAGAUUGGUUUAAUGCUCACAAGGGACACAAAAAGUAUUGGCCUUCCAGAUUCAGCGUUUUAAAUAAGGGGACCAAGAGGUUAAAAAAAAAAAAAAAAUCUGGGUCACCCUGUUGCAGGACCUUGUGGCGGGUGAAUGGCAGGGAUUUUCUUAAAAAUCGCCUCAAAUUUGCCAUUCCCAGGGGACAAUGCCUGUUGCUACGUGAGCGGGGAGGGGCAGGGUGCACCGCUUGUCCCCUCACAACUGCUGGGUCCGAGGCUUUUCAUUUUGGUCGGACGGUUUUUAUUCGUGUUUGAGCCGCGAGUUAAUACCAUCAAAUGUGCUCAGGCAACGGUGCAGGCCACAGCGGUUCUAAAAUACGGGGUCUGUCCCAACGGUUUUAGUGUGGUUGGCACAGAUGAAUGCUUCAAAAUAAACUCCAGAUCAAAAUCAGCUCUGGACCUCAAACUACACGUUAAAAAUUCAUAUGAUCAAACGUAAUAUUUUUACACAACGUAACCUAGAGUUGCGUGAAACAACAAAUGUUUCACAGAGGCCCAUAUGAAAGAGAUCUGUCGACUCAAUUUCGUAUAUAAUUCAUACGGCAUUGAACUGAUGUUUUAAUCAAUUCGCAUCUUUCCAUCUGAACGCACAACCGAAUCAAAGGGAAAUAAAAAAAAAAUAAAAAUUUAAAAAACACAACGAUCUCGUUUCAUCGAGUCCGGGCUGAAAUGCAAUCUAAAUACGACACCCAGCUCGCUCGCUUGGGGGGAGUCUGAGACGUACGUGGAGAUGAAAUUGUUGGCAGCAAGAGGGUGAAAAAUCUUAAAAAUAACAGUACACAUGAUAGGAGAGUUCAUCAGAUUUGACAUGCAUCGGUGCAGCUGGGCAAUUGUCAACAGAGUUAGUGGGAGUUUUUGUUGUUGUUGUUUGUAGAAGCAAAGAUCCGUUGACUACAUUCGUAGGUGAAUCAGUGGUGGAUUAAGUGGUGAAGCACCCGAAACGUUAACGAUGAGUUAGAUUAAGGUAACACAUGAUCCCAUUGCCAUCAGUUUGUGUUGCUAUGACAGCUGACUCAAGUUGCACUUUGUGUGCUCACUUUUAUCAAGAACACUCUUGUAACGUCGACUGUUACAUUCAAAGUUUCAUAACUUGCACAAUGUGUCAAAGUGAAAGUUGGGUCUAUCUGCCUUGACGUCCAUCGGGUACAAAAGCAAGAUUUGUUCUAAAAACCGCAGACAAAGCCGUCUAUUGUUGUUUAGAGCAACGAGGUGUCCGUGGAUUUGUACAUUUGGUGAAUGAAGGGAAGCUCUCCGUGGCAUUACAAGGACUUAACAGGGGCAAAUGUUUUGAUCUAUACUCGUAAGUUCGGCGUGAUAACGGUACCAUUAGAAGUGUGCAAGCUUUAGAUAACAGGGACCAUUCCUCGUGGAGUGAGGCUUGUGAGUCUGUAAGGGUCAGGGUGAUCAAUGGAAGGGGUAAGGAUCAAAUCUAGUUGAACUACUUUGUUGGGAGAUUUCCUUGCUUAUUGAGUGCACACACGCGGUCACCCGGUGUUAGCGAUUACCCGGUGCUAGAGAAGCGAUUACCCGGUGCUAGAGAAGCGAUUACCCGGUGCUAGAGAAGCGAUUACCCGGUACUAGAGAAGCGAUUACCCGGUGAUAGAGAAGCGAUUACCCGAUGCUAGAAAAGCGAUUACUUGGUGCUAGAACCCGGUGAUUGAGAAGCGAUUACCCGAUGAUAGAGAAGCGAUUACCCGAUGCUAGAAAAGCGAUUACCUGGUGCUAGAACCCGGUGAUUGAGAAGCGGUCACCAGGUUCCAGAGAAAGACCGCGACAAUUCCGUUUAGAUAAAAUACAGUGUAUUUAUUAAAAUGUUUAAUACCUAAUUAUGUGCUAAAGUAGGUGUGCACCAAGCGUUGUUACUUUCAGUUCAAGAAGUCCUUGUCGGGUAGGUCAAUAUAUAGUUUUAAAAAAAAGUCCACCUGCAUUACUGCAAGAUAUCCAUUCCUGGUAUGCAAGAAGACGGCUCGGCUGGUUCGGAAUCCAACAAGAAAGACCAAGAUUGCUAGGAUAGGGUAGAACUAGGUUUAAAAAACUUAAAUCAUUCAUUCAGCCUUACAAACAGAAUUGGAAUGUCUUAAAAAAAAAAAAAAAAAAAAAAAAAAAAAAAAACAAAAAAAAAUCCCGAUCAUGAAAUCUUUUCUGGUAUUCAGGAGAACGCCAUUGGAGGUGUUCAUGAAUGAAAUAAAUUAUUUUUAAGGUCUGUUUAAAUACCCAGCUUGACGUAUUCUAUAUUUUGAACAAAUAAUGUGCUGACAUAAAGCGAACUGCACCUCGGUUUUAAAUAGUGGUGCACGGCACGCGUCGAGGGAUAUUUAUACACAACACCGGCAGUCAAUUCACACAGCCGCUAGCAUUUCAACGGGAAGUUGAAUUUGGAGCUUUGCAAAAAAAAACUAAAGCACCGUUAAGAGGUCGGGGAUUUCUGGCUGUCGUCAAGCACAAAGUAGCUGUAGCUAACAAUCCAGUCUGCUAUGGCCACAGCGUGGAUAGGCGGCAACACUUAACAGCACACGUUCUAAAGGCAACAGUGCUAACAUGCCGAUUAUGGCAUUAUCAAUGAUACGUGAAAACCUAUGUUUUCAAUUGAAACACGUAAUAACCAUGAAAAGGUUUGAAUGUUAAUGGGUAGUGUUUAGUUGUUUUUUUUGUUUUUUUUCAUUUCGGACUUGACACGUCUGCACGGAUUAACCAGACUGGAUUUUAUUUUAUGUUUUGUUUAUUUUUUUCUAAGUAUUACUUAUUUUAUUUUUUACAUUAUUUUUUUUAAUGGGGGGGGGGGGGUUUAACCUGGGACGGGUCUAUUUUUGUUUUUUUUAUCCCCAACCAACUCUUGCUUGAGAACCGCCUUUUAAUGCUUGUUGGUAACAAAAUUUGAGUUUUAAAAUUUUUUUUUUUUUUUUUUUUUUUUUUUUUUAUUUUUUUUUUUUUUUUUUUUUUUUUUUUUUUUUUUUUGUGUGGGGGGGGGGGGCUUAACCUGGGACGGGUCUAUUUUUGUUUUAUUUAUCCCCAACCAACUCUUGCUUGAGAAACGCCUUUUAAUGCUUGAUGGUAACAAAAUUUGAGAUUUAAAAUCAAUUGGGUUAAUUAAAAGAAACAUCGGACCAAAAUCUAGUCACCCCCCCCCCUCCCACGAGACUACAGAGCUGUAGUCGUUGAUAUGGGAUCAGCGGACCUUGACCGGUGUUGGCAUGGACGCUUGGAAUACAAUGGAUAUUCGGCGGUGCGAAUACAACAAACCAAAAGACUUAGAUGUAGGUCAGGGCGUAAUGUUCUACGAAUAUCAGAGGUGAAGAAAUAUUAUUGCACAGUAUAGUCCGCAGUCGCUGUAUCAUUAUAAUAUUAUGUGGGAUGUGCUUCAAUUAUCUACAAGAAAUAGGAGUGGGUAUUAAUAUCAAGAGUUUUGUGCGCUGUACGGUGGCCAGUAAAAAAAGACCCCGUUUGGGGUGGGGGGGGGGGAGGGUUCGUCGUUCUUAAGAAAUUGUUCGUCUGCGAAUCGACGAGGUUCUAAGUUAAUGGUAAAUGUCUACAAUUUCAAGGUUCCACUAGCCAUUGUCUACGUAAAUCUAUUUCCGGUAUACCCCCAAGAUGGGCGUAAACAGAGAAAUGUAGUCUUAACAAUAAAGCAAAGACCAUGAUGUCGUGGCAGAGGGUUUAAGGAAAUGUGGACAAUAGCGACAGAAGGUACAUUCAAGCUCAUUUCUAGAUAUGGACAAGAGCUGGGGGCCAUGCACACAAAAUAAAUCUCUGAUUGUUAAAGGCAGCGCCCCAUCGCGGAACAGCUGAACAAAAGGAAGUUAUCAUUUAGUAAGUCCUUGGACCCUGCACUCCCCUUGUCGCCGCGGGGCAGCCUCACAAAGGAACUGUAUCAAUUUUCUGACAGCGAUCUCACCCAAUCCAUGAUUUCUACAUUUGGUUUUUAUUCCACUGAACCCGGGUACGUCUGAGGUCUAUUGUUCUUGCGUGGGGCGCGACCUGGGCUGGCUGUUCAUUCAUCAACGGGGAAAGCUUUGGGUUGGUGGUACAUUUCUUUGGGGUCAAUUUCCCAGGAGGCUAUAAAGGAGGGGGGGGGGCGUGUCAAAGACGUUGGGAUAAGAUGUUUUCGCCCGUGCACAGGACCCGCGUGAACGUGUGGUUAAUGUCGCCUGCACAUCUAGAUGACCCCGCGGCCUUGCCCUUGAAUAGAUGCUGGUCCUUUCAAAAGGUCGCGAGAGUUCUUGGUCCAAGUUGUAGUUUUUUUUUUUCUCAAAAGAGAAGAACAAAAAUGCGUGCACCUGAUCAAAAAAACAAUGGGUCAUUCAUACCUCGGGGUUCAGUCAAGUAGAUGGGAGUUCAUAGUCGGGGAUUAAUUACAAUGAAAUACCAUCUGCGUAUUUGUUGACUUUGAAAGGACGCGUCUCCUUAACUUGUAGGCAGUGGGUAGAUGGAAGAAACAUGAACCAGGGUAUGUCAGAGAGACCUGAGGAGAGCAGGUGCUCGUUUCUAGUGGUGCACGGAAGAUGUUCUAUUGUCUGAAGGCCGCCUAGAAAAAAGCUGGAGUUAAUAACCUAGAGAUGUACCCAAAUAUCACUUUAUAUAUGAGGAGAAAUAACAAUGAAGUUAAGUAGCCCUCAGUCUUUUAACAUUGUGGGCACACGUCAGGCUUGGCACGGAAUAAACUGACAUGGAUAAAAGAGGAAGUCUAGGUAUCGGCCUGGCACACGCGAAGCUUUAAACAGCGAAAGUAACUUGAAUGUCAGCACUCGGGUCAACGAAUGUCAGUCAUUGUGACCACUGAAUGGUAACAUUAAUGUGGAGGAAAAGCUGUGGGAAAAGUAAUAGAUACCUUUACUUUGUAAUACUUUGUAAGGUAUACUUUGUAUUCUGUUAAAUGACAGCGAAAAUGUCAACUUAUAAUUUAACCUCAUAACAUUAUAUGAGGUACUUAUUUUAGAGGAAGGUGGCGUAAGCAACAUAACGCUAUUUUGUUUACAUUUGGCACAGGUUUACCAGGCAGUUGAUUACUGACCAAAUGUCUUACUUUUAAUUCAGGUGUAACCCCCCUUUAGUUUACAGUAUAGACAGUGUAAGUUGUCUUGUCCCAAGUGUCAGCAUGACUUCAGUUACAGAAUUCCCUCGGUCACUGUAAUGUUGCAAUUGCUCAGUUUAUACAAGUUACAAGUACCCAUGAAUGAAUCUUAACUUUUAGAAUUAAAUGGAUUCCAGGCAAUCCGGAGGCGAGUGGUGGAACAAUACAUCUAUUUUUUUUUUUAAAACCUCCCCCUUGUCAUUGAUAUUUCACACGCAAUCCAUCCAUAACCGAUCCCUCCCUAACCGAUCCCUUCCUAACCGAUCCCUCCCUAACCGAGUCUUACAAUCACUACCAUAGUUUUCAAACAAUGGCUUUUCCUAGUGUUCUUAGUUGUCUUCCUCUCUCACCUCUGAAAACUAAAGCAAAUCAUGGUACUUUACCCAUAAACAAUAUAUUGACAUUAGAUUAAGAACUUGAGAAGAGAUCCCCGCAGACGGGCAUACAGAAAUGGGGUCAGUUUCCCCAUUGUGAUGCUGGUACUGUCAUCGCUACAGGAUCCCACCACGCCCACCCCCCGCGAUCCCAACCCUUCUCCUAACUUCAACAUUGUUGUGUGUCACAAACGCCAUCUGGUCGUUUUAAUUCACGAAUAACGAAGAUGUUUUCGUCUCGCGUAGAGGGUCAACGCCAAUACCAGUAGAAUAACGAACGAUAUUCAACGACUGAACCCGUAGAGGGUGGAGGGAACAAUGUUUUGAAAUCUGGGAAAUAUAACAUUGGAGGUGAUGAACCCAUCAAAAUCCUCAUCUACAAAAAUUCACCUUAUUUUUACGAAAGCUGGGUUCAAAACCACGUUUUCGUUCAUGAUUUUGUAAUUAAUUAUGUCCAUCUAAAGACUCUCAGAAAAGUCAAGUGUUCACUUUCCUGUUCCCCCCCUGUAACAUAGGCGGGACCUUAUCGAUAGAUUGUUGCAUGUCUGUAACUAAUUACACCUGGGCCCUUAUCGGUUGUUCCACAAACUCGAUAAACUGCUACAUGGGAGGCGUGUAGAAGCAAACCCAACCUGUUAGCUUUCUCAGCUUUCUCCUUCACCACGUUGACAUCAGUGUACAGUGACGUGCAAUCUCCGCUCUCAGAAUACCCAGCUGUCUCUUCUGUGCACAAAACAAAGGUUCAACAUAUACUUGCUUUUGCCAUGCGCAACAUUAAAACUAUUUAGACAGCACUUGACAAAGUAAUAAUGACUUGCGUACUUUCCCGCACUAAUCAUUCAAUGUGCAGGGAAACCUAGACUUAAGCGAACCGAGAAAACGGCCAUGUCCCUUGGAUAUGUGCUAGCUCGACCCGGGGAAAUAUUUAAAAAACCAUCUGAACCUGCUAAUACACCACUUUUGCUUCGGCCCAAAGGGUUUGCGUUAUUUCCAGGUUUUACUGUACCAUGAAUCUAUGUCUAAACUGCCAUAGCGCGUAUCCGUUCAUGUCACAUCCGCUUUCCUACAGGCAGCAAUAUUUUGUUGCCAUUGUUCCGACACGUUAAGAGCUACCUAUUUAAAAAAAAAAAAAAAGCUGAUACAGUUAAGGAAAGAUGGCACGCGAGUGGGGUGGAGGUUCUGUUUGCUCUAAGGACUCGGGUGUGCUCCGUGCCACACAAUACGUGUCAGUGGGUGGUGUCACUAAAACAUGACAGGACCUCUGUGAUAUACUUGCGUAAAGUUGGUGGAUAUACUUGGGUAAAGUUGGUGUAACGGCCAGUGAAUCGAACAUAGGCACGUUCCCUUUGACGUGACUGUUAAUGAACAAAGACGCGUACGGUUGGGGGGGUGGGAGGAGGGGAGCUGAUAAAUACUCCCAACAAACCACCCAAGCCGUAAAGGCCGCGUAUAUGCAUACCUUAAUCCACGUCCAAAAAUAGACCGACCCCAAAAGACUGAUAUGCCACAUUCAGGAGGUCAGACGAAGUGGGGGCCAGAAGAGCGGGGCCAUAGUGGUUCAGGCUUCUCAACCAUUUUUUUUUUUCCUUUUAUAAAACGGCUUUAUAAAUUCUGGACCAAAAAACGAACGAAAAAAUUUGUUUUAAUAAAAGAAGCUUGGAUUCCUAUUAUUUGUUCUUUGUAUGCUAGAAUCAAAUCUUGGUUCCAUUUGGUGUGAACAUGUUACAAGUUGAUGAAUUAGUAUGUACCGUGGUUGUAGGUGUUGACCAAAAAUGAUCAACUUGUUACUGAUGGGGACUAAUUUAACACUCCACGGAUGCCGCCAUUUAUCAUCACGUGAUGUUGGCAGAAAAGAAGCCGUUAAAUGGGUUAAGCGCUGAGGCCACGCUUUCAAACUGUUACCGUGUCGCGGAAAUUGUGAGUAACAAAGUUACGGAACUGUAACGCGAAGGUCACGGUACAGCUACUGAAACAAAUAGGCACGCAGCUGUGUUUAAUUUUAAUAUCAGCCGGUAUUUGUUACAGAGCAGCUUCAUGUUGAACAACACUUCAAGGCUUUGUGUUCUGGAGUAGAAGGAGUGGGGAGUCUGCUAGUUGUAUGCAGUACACGUUUUCAAGUAUCACAGAUAUAAAUAAACUUAACAUUUUAAGCCCGGCUACCUAUAGAUCUAAAAUCAUAUCAAUCUGUUACCAAAUACUAACUCAAUAAGAACUACCGGGAUCCUAAAUGUGCAACAAAUCGCUACAAAAUGCACUGGAUAAGUUUCCUAUUAACGAUUAUUCCAAAUGUUUGUUUUCCUAACCAACCCAAAUAAGUAUACUUUUUUCUUCUUUUUGGUUGCAAACCAUUUGCACGGUUAAUAAACAAGCACAACAAAGAUGUUAACAUCGGAAAGGGCCGAAGACGUAGGGAGACGCUAUGCCACCAUCUUCGCGCUUGAACUACUUAUGUCUAUCAAAUUAAUGGCAUUUUGGUUAAACGUCUUGUCUGUGUGUGGGUCGUAAGGAGAAAGCAACAUGAAAUGGCAACAGCUUGGCGGUAGGGAUUAAAAUGGUUUCUGUUUAUCGGUCUGAUACGAGGGGACUUAGUACGAUUAGACUGCUACACUUUACCAGUCCCAUGAGCGGUGUUCAGAUUUCUACCUGCCACAUACGUAAAACAAUGACCGCUUUGUAACUCCCAAUAAUUAAAUCCCGGAUUAGUAGCAUACUACGAUGCGAUGACAGGUAUAUUUAAAAACAUCUCACUAGACACAGAAUAGUUUAACUUUGUACCGUUCACAUGCCCUGAAAUGCAACAGUAUACGCGUCUGUAGAGCAAGAGUUGAGCUAUAUGCACAAUAAACCAAACAGCAUCAUAUUUUGUCAUCGUGAUUUAACGCGUACCUUACAUAAUUUCCAUGCAUUGCUGGCAACUCAAAGUACGACUCUAUCCUCCACAGAUUGCCAUUCCAUCGUUCAAGAAGUUAAUUGCCAACUACCCUGGUUACGCCCACUUUGGCGGGGCGUUUCACAACCACCAACUGGUGGAAGUCAUCGGCUGCGACUCCAACCUUCUCCUGCACGACACCAGCGCUCUCCGCCUGUCAGCGACGCUCAACAAGAUUUCCGGCGAGCACUCUCUCGGCAAGGAACUCAUCCGAUUGUCCAAAUACGGUCGCGACAGCGUGAGUGGUCGGGACGGAUUGCAGUACAUCUACCAUCCCAUCGCAUACGGACCCUAUUUGGCCGACAAGUACGGCUACCCAAAUGUAUCGAAACUUCACGAGUUUGACCCGCUAGACACUGAAAAGGUGAGCACGAAACCUCACUUCUAAAAUCUCAUACAAGCAUGUUUGACCAGGUUUGAUUUGUGUGUAAUAUAGGUUCAAUACAUUUGGAUAGGCCAACACUCACACACACUGAAACUUUAAUAUGCUCAAAAUAAAAUGUUAUAUUGACGUGAUUUUCAGAACUUCUGGGGUAAGCAAGGCAUACUUCGAGUGAUUACAUACACUAAGCAGCACAACAUGCCCAAAGGUCAUGUAGCACUAUGGGACUGUAACCAUUUUCACCAGGCGAGAGAUUGGAUUACUGGACAUGAUCUCAUCACAGUGGAAUUCUGGCAAUCCCCAGGUAAGAUACAGACUUAUUUCUGUAGCAGUAAGACUUUGGUCACUGAUAUAGUCAACAGCUUUAAUGUUCAGUAGUAAAAAUCAAAACUCUUUUCACUACAAUAUGCAAACAUUCUAUGAGAUACAAGUAAGUUCCCCACUCACUGAAUCCUUCCAUUUCAGAUUCCAACUGUGCCAACACAGCACCUCUACCCACACGACCACCAGACUUCCCAAGGAUGGAAGACAUCUUACCCCCAACCCGACCAGGUUCCAAACACAGGCAUCACUGGGAGAAAAAAUUCAUCAAAAAGUAUUUCCAGCUUUACAAGCAGACCAAGAUGACCAGUUAAAACUGAACAUUAACUUUACCUCAACCUCAUAUUGAACCUUGUGCCAAAAAACAACAGACCUGACUUGUGCCCAAACCAACCAGCAUUCAAAGUUGUAAAAUGCUGCAAUGAGAAAGAUUGCUUUGAGAUCUAUGGCCAGAACUGAUUACAUUAACCAACUGCCCAUGUGCCGACUGACUGCAGACCCCAUGUGCCGACUGACUGCUGACAGUGAAAGAAUUCUGAUGCUGUUUAAGCUGAAAUAUGUCAACCCACCAAUGUUUUGAAAUAUGUGUUUAAUUGUUUGCAUAUUUCAAUAUUUUCCCUGGUAACUUCCAGCCUGGUGAAGAAUAUCUGACUUGACAAGUCUUUCCCUAAGCAGCUCCAUCCAAGUCAUAUUCCCAAAGGGCACGAAUCGUUUCAUUGAAUAUGCUCCUUCAGUGUGCUCUGGAACAGCCUUUUAAAUGAUUGCAAGCAACUACGGCAAGUAAUGACUGCAGGCAGCUGUGAGACUAAGGCCAACUCCAUAUUGCAGCUUUACAGAGAUAGGAAUACAGCAUAAUGUGAACAUUUCUUUCUAUGACCCUAAAUCAAAAAAACCAAGAACAUUGUCACUGCCAAAUCCAUUGUUUAUAUUGUAAAUAAUUGAAUGUACACACUUGGACAAUCAAGUGACCACUAGCUCGCUGCUCCCUGGAACUGAUUCAAGUUGUGAACUGCAUUUAUUGUGACUGUUGUCUUGAAAACUUUUCAUCUGACAUCACACCACAAUCUUAUAAAACCACAAGUACAUCUGACAUCACCAUGAUCUUAUAAAACCACUGGUACAUCUGAUAUCAUCAUCUUAUAAAACCAUCAGUACAUCAACAUGAUCUUAUAAAACUAUCAAAGGUCUUCAGUGAACAUGAAUAUUUAUGCAGUAGGACACUUCAAACACCAAGAAUAAAAAAGCUCAGUGUAUCUAAAUGUGCUAGAAUUUUGACACCAAAGUGUGAACUUGAAUAGGUAAUGUUAGUCUCAAAUUAAAACGUGUGCCAUCUGAUGCUAGAACUAAUUACAUGUAGUCUGUACAGAUCAUUUUGAAUAAUAAUAUUUUCUUUGUUACUUAAAAAUGGCAUUUGGUAACAGUUAUGUUCUGUCUGCAAUGUGUGAUGUGGCGAGGCCUGUGCAUUGUGUGAUGUGGUGAGGCCUGUGCAUUGUGUGAUGUGGCGAGGCCUGUCUGCAUUGUGUAUGUGGUGAGGCCUGUCUGCAUGGUGUGAUGUGGUGAGGCCUGUCUGCAUUGUGUGAUGUGGUGAGGCUUGUCUGCAUUGUGUGAUGUGGUGAGGCAAGACAUCAUUGCAUGUUUUUUGGGAGGGGACUGAGAGGGAGAAUGUUCAAUGACUGAACAGGGGUUGGGGAGGCGGAGAGUAUUGGGGGCUGUGCAAUGCUGCUGCUGUUGUUGCUAUGGUUAUAGCAGUUACAAUAAUGUCAUUUACCUCCCAUUUGAUUUGUUUUUCCAGCCAAAAUGGAUUUUUAAACUUAAAAAAAACUUUUUUCAAUUUUUUUUUUUUUGUUGAAAAUGUUCAGUUGACAUCACUUGAUAAAAGACACAUGUCAUGGGCAAACACAUUAUAGAGUUUAACUUCCAGCAGCAUAAAUAGCAUAAUAAAACUGUUGAAUAAAACCAAAAUGUUUUCAUUAGCUUCUUCAGUCUUCUGGCAACUAUUCCAUUUGAACUCAUAGGCAGCAUUCCAUGUUAUUUUUACAACUGUACACAAAAAUAGGUUUGACAAAGAAAAUUGUGCACUUUAUACCUGGUAUAACUGAGAUGGUUUGCUAAAAAUAAUGUUAAGUAUGUGUCUGUUGAAUGUACAACUGCAGGCUGCAAUGAAAACAAAAGAAAUGUCUUGUUGACACUGCUGUGUGAGAGAGAGAGAGAGAGAGACAGAGAGAGAGAGUAAGAUUGUAAAGUGUGCAGCUUUUGAUAGUGUGAAAGUUGAGAGAAGUAAGCUCACUUAAGCUUUGAUGACACUUGUAAUGAACACUUGUAAUGAACACUUAUUGAUUGGUCUGUCAUUUCAUUAAUGCUGUAAAUAUUUUCAGUCAUCUGUCAUGCUGCUGUACAUUUUGAACAAUGUAUUUAAUGCUGUAACAUGUUUUUCAGCACAUCUUCUAUGAUAGUAAACUAUUCUAAGGCUUGUACCAAACUGCGGUACAUCUAAAACUUGUACCCAAAUGCGGUACAUUCUAAAAUCCUUGAGUUUUUUGGUUUGUUUUGUUUUUCCAUACUGUGUAUAUUCAUGUUCUUAUUCAGUGUUAUUUAUUUCCUGAACCUUAUCAAUUCCUCUUGUUUGUAUGAGUGAUAUCAUUUUCAUGAUUCUCAUUCAUGUUGUUUGAAAGAGAAAUAUUGAUAGCAGUGAAUGAUUCAAGUUGUUUGGGGGGAGUGACGUGGGGAAAGAAAAUAUCUGUUAGAAAAACUAAAUGGCUUUUAUUUGUAGACUUCACAGAGAAAUUGGCAUCUUUCUUCCUGAUUGAAUGUAAUAUGUUUAAGUGAAUGUAAUAUGUUUUACUCUCAGCAAAAUGCUUUACUGUAGCUUUUCUGUACAUUUGUUUUGUUUCCCGGUUAUAUCUUAUUCCAUAUACUGCUUUGUGUCAUCCAAUUUUUAAACAUCCUGCUAACUUAUAUUAUGUACAUUAACUCCUUCUCUGUGACCUAUUUAAUUAUAUUUCUACACUAUUUAAAACUUUAACAACCCAAACUGUAGCAACCUUAGAAGAAGCUUUUAAACAUGAUAUUCGAUAGGCUGAAGUUAAUUUGACCUGUGUCCAAUGAAAGCAGGUAACAAUUUCAUUGAAAGAAAAUGCAUGACUUUAUGACUGCCACAGACAGACUUUUCUCUCAACACACUAGUGACUUUCCGGACCAAUUCAUUCACAGAACAUAAAUAAGGAAGACAUAAGAUAAGGCCAAAGACUGCCACAGGUAAAAAAUCAUUGAUAAAAAGAAGACCUUGAGGGGACACUCAGUGAAUAGGAACCCUUUUCAUUGACAAAUUUAUGCAUAAUACACACAGGCAGUGUAGGAUAGCUUCAGUGAUUGCAUCUUAAAAGGAUCUACCAGCCAGCAAACAUAUCACCCAUUUUCUAGUAUCUUAAAAAAUUGUUUUUUUUAUAAAUUACAUUUAUAAAUAAGACUUGAAGUGACACUGUUAAUCUUACACAGUUUCUCUGACAAGAGUUAUUGUUCUUCUAUGGUUGCUACAUUUCACUCCCUUGCCUUUGAUUUUAUACUUAAACCUUUAUCUUUUUAACCCAUAACUAGGUAAUGAGCACAUCCUGGGUUAUAUGCCCCAUGUUGACAAUGUAGAUUAACAACAAGGCUUUCCACCAAAUGGAAUGUGUGACCCAACUCUUUUUUUACUAUCCAUACCAAAAAAAGAAAGGGAAAACUAUUUUGUCAUGAAUACUGAAUUGCUUUAAUGUUGAGACCCACUGACUGAGCUUGUUUUAUUCACUGAUCACCUGACUAGUCAAUGCUUGUUUUUUUAUAUAUUAUUAUUACCAUUAUUUUCUGUUGACCUACCUGCAUAUUAUUGUGCCUUGUGUAUUUACACUGUUACCCCCUUUGCCUGUGUGUUUUUGUCAUAUCAUGAA